CUACAUUUACAAAAUUAUCAUUUACAAAAUGUCUGCGCCCUUGAAGAAAAAGAUAAAAUUAUAAAAAUCAUGAGUACGCAAACCAGAUAAAAAACUAUUCAUUUCAGGACAUGAUGAGGCUGUUAAAUACAAGAUCCUUGGUCUUGAUGGGGGCUCUUGGAGGUGCCAGGAAAUAUGUGUCCACUCUCUCUCCACUUGGAUCAGUGUUUAACUCCAUUCCAGCACCCCAAAAGUCACAGUGGUUUCUCGGCUCCAAAGAAAAUAAGGGGUUGCUUCUUGUACCUGAGCUGAAGAUGAGCGAAGGAUUUGACAUUCUUCGCCGUGAAGUGGAACACAAAGUAGAUACCUUGGUCCAAGAGGCUUUGUCUCCAGAGAGAAAACGGAAAAUUGUCACCAUUUUUGAUGAGAUGUCAAAUACUCUUUGUUGUGUAGCUGAUAUGGCAGAGUUUGUGAGAGUGUCCCAUCCAGACCGUAAUUAUCAGCUGGCGGCAGAGUAUGCAAUGAUUAACUUGUCCAAUGUAGUAGAGAGUCUGAAUACAAACACAGCCAUUUACAACGUGCUGAAAACAGUGCUGGAGACAGGAGAAGAUGUAUUACCUAUGGAUUCGGUGGACAAGCGCGUUGGAGAGUUGUUUAAAUUUGACUUUGAUCUCAGUGGUUGUCACUUAUCAGAGGACAAGAAGAAAACUUAUGUGAAGUUGUCGGAGAGUGUGAUCAUGACAGGCAACAUGUUUAUGGAGGGGUGUCAGUCCUCAGCCAUUAUUCCCAGGGACAGGCUGCCUGCCCACCUCCACUACUGUUUUAACCUGGAGGGUGACAAUGUAGUGAUUAGUGGAGCCCAUCUGGAUCACUUCAAUGAUCAGGUAAGAGAGGCGGCCUAUAGAGUAUACCACUAUCCUAAUGAAAGCCAAGUCAAGCUGCUAGAUGCUUUAAUUCUGAAUCGACAUAACUUGGCCACAAUUGCUGGAUUUCCAACAUUUGCUCAUCGGGCAUUGAAAGGAACACUGGCUGAAACACCAGAGCUAGUGAAGGAUUUCCUGAACACUCUGUCAGAGCGCAUAAAACCUAUGGCAGAGAAAGAACACAAAGAACUUUUGAAGUUAAAGAAAACAAGAGGAUCGAGUGGUGACAUGGUGCUGAGGCCAUGGGACACACCAUACUACUCGGCUCUUGGGCGACAUCUCAAAUACAACAUCAGUGGAGAUGAGUUUGCCCCCUAUUUCUCCUUGGGUAACUGUAUGGAGGGAAUUAACAUUGUGUUGAAGAGUUUGUAUGAUGUUUCUCUUCAGACAGUGGAACCACAAACAGGGGAGCUGUGGUCAGAUGAUGUCUAUAAACUGGCAGCAGUGCACAGUACCGAGGGAGUUCUAGGCUACAUCUACUGUGACUUAUUUGAUAGACCAGGAAAACACAUGAUGGACUGUCACUGUACUAUUCGCGGGGGGAGGGAAGAAGAGGACGGCGGGUACCAGCUCCCCAUCGUGGUUCUGAACUGUAACCUAACCCGUCCCCACACCAACGCCCCCACUCUGCUGACCCCCGGCCUCAUGAGAAAUCUUUUCCAUGAAUUUGGACACGCCAUGCACUCCAUGCUGGGAAGAACAAAGUAUCAGCAUGUUACAGGUACAAGGUGCCCCACAGAUUUUGCAGAAGUUCCUUCCGAAUUUAUGGAGUUCUUUGCUACAGAUCCCAGAGUUAUCAGUUUGUUUGCUCGUCACUUUCGUACGGGCGAACUGUUGCCAAUGGAUGCCAUUCUGAAAUUUUGUAAAGCCAGCAAUAUGUUUUCAGCCUCGGAAAUGCAACUCCAAAUUGUAUACUCCAUGCUGAGCCAGAAACUUCACGGAGAAUAUCCAUUAGGCAAAUCCACAACUGAGCUGUACGCAGAAAUCCACAAUCAGUACAUGAGCGUCCCCUACGUGGAAGGCACUGUGAGUUGAUAAAGCUCUGUAGCA